AUGUUGGCUGCAAUCAUGGGUGUCAGCACAGGCGUAACCACCUACGGCGAGAACAUAGCCCUUAUUCACAUAACAAGAGUGGCAAGCAGGUCCACGAUGCAGAUUGCUGGAGGCCUGCUUAUUAUUAUGGGUCUAUUCACAAAAAUAGCCGCUCUUUUAGCAACAAUCCCAGAUGCACUAGUUGGAGCAGUGCUCAUGAUGGGUAUGUCAAUGAUAGCUGGUGUUGCAAUGAGUAACCUACAGGUAUCAGUAGCUUUGCAUUCACAUUGA